AUGAACCCGUUCAAAGGUAUUCCUGGUAGACGCAGCAAGCGCAAGUCCAAGUCAGCAAAGGUCGAAGUCAAACAGGAACCGGAGAUUAAGGUGGAGCCCAUCAACGACGGUGACGAUGUCAUAAACAUACCACGGCCGGGAGUUGAUGGAAGAUAUCGAGCGAAUUACGAAGGACUGGUCAACUUUGCGUAUGACUUCGAUGAGGUGAAGGAUGAAAUAAUCAAAUGCGAAGAAGAAGAAGAAGAAGAGACGGGCAAAGGAAAGUCAUCAUGUGAGCGAUCGAAUGACAACGCUGCCGCGAACGAUAAUGACAACGAAGAGCCAAUGUGUGACGCAAUCGAUGUGCAAACACCAGAACCUGGCAGCAGCGGAAAGAAACGGAAUGCAAGCUCCAAAAAUCAAAACCAACGAACAAUUCCCAGGAAUCAAGUGGCCAAAAAGCAAAAGAAGCACAAAUGUCAUGUGUGCAAUCAUUUAGCAAGUAAGAAGUCUGAACUCGUAAGACACUUGCGAACUCACACUGGAGAAAAGCCGUAUCAGUGUGAUAUUUGUUCGAAGUCAUUUGCACGAAAAGAUGUUUUGAACGUUCAUAAGAAAACGCAUGGUCAAUUUCGUUGUACAAAAUGUAAUCAAGGAUUUGGACAAGAAUCAGACAAGAACGACCACGAAAGGCUCUGUAAUCCCCAGCAAUUCGAAUGCGACACUUGCGGAUAUAGAACGGUCAACAAAUCAGAUUUGACAAAGCAUAUGCGGACACACACCGGGGAAAAGCCGUUCGAGUGCUCAAUCUGUUUCAAUUCGUACACAAGCAACGCCAAUCUUCAAAAACAUUCAAUGGCGCACAAAGAAGAACUCCCGAAUGCUUGUUCGAAAUGUGGCCGACGAUUCGCCACACCAGACGAUAAGCAAUCACACGAAACGCGCUGCCAACGAAGUUCCUUCGCAUGUAAUCAGUGUCUUUACAAAACUGUUAGCAACCGUCAUUUGAAGCGGCAUAUGCAAGGAAAACACGGAGCCAAAAGAUCGAUCGAAUGUGAAAUUUGCAACAAGAAGUUCGUCGAACGUAUUGUUUUAAACCAGCAUUUGUCAACAGCACACAGCGACCAGUUCCCGUUCCAAUGCUCGAAGUGCUUCGGAGGAUACGCAACCGAAGAUGCAAAAGAAGCUCAUGAAGAUAGCUGUGGCCACCGUCAGUAUCAAUGUCAUUUGUGCAAAGAGCAUCGCCGAGACAAACAACAUUUGAAGACACACAUGCGAAAAGAUCACACCGGAGAGCGGAUUCAAUGCGAAAAAAUGAACCCGUUCAAAGGUGUUUCUGGUAGAGGCCGCAAGUGCAAGACAAAUUACAAGAAGGUUGAAGUCAAGCAAGAGCCGAUGAUCAAGGAAGAGCCCAACGACGGUAACGAUUUCAUGAACAUACCACGGCCCCGAGUUGAUGGAAGAUAUCGUGCGAAUUACAAAGGGCCGUUCGAUUUUGGAUAUGACUUCGAUCAGAUUAAAGACGAAAUCAAAUGCGAAAAAGAAGAGACGGGCAAAGAAAAGGACUCGACACCAUGUGAACGAUCGAAUGACAACACUGUCAAUGAUGAUGACAACGAAGAGCCAAUGGGUGACGUAAUCGAUGUGCAACCACCGCAACCAGUUGGCAAUGGAAAGAAACGGGAUGGAAGAUCCAACAACAAACGAACCAUUCCUAAGAAAAAAGCAGCCAAAAAGCAGAAGAAUCACAAAUGCCAUGUGUGCAAUCAUUUGGGACGUGACAAGUCUAACCUCAAAGUACAUUUGCGAAUUCACACUGGAGAAAAGCCGUUUCAGUGUGAUGUUUGUUCGAAGUCCUUUGCACAUAAACAAACCCUGAACCUUCAUAAGAAAACGCACGGCCCGAAGCCUCAGUUCCGUUGUUCGAAAUGUAAUCAACGAUUUGAACAAGAAUCAGACAAAAUCGAUCAUGAAAGGCUCUGCAUUCUAUGA